GACGGAGGCUCUACUGCAGGAGGUGGCAGCAGCACCCCCAUCUCUGCGCACCGUGUGUCUGCUGGACGAGAUGAGCGACACUCUGUGUCGGGUCCUGGAUGCAGCAGAACUCUGCCGGAACGUGCACCCCAACAGGGAGUUCGUAGACGCGGCCAAUGAGGCGUUUGUGAAGCUGUCAACAUAUGUACAGGCCCUCAACUCCAACCAGCAGCUCUACCGUCUGCUAGUCGCUGCCAUCCAAGCCAUGCCACCCGCACCCGCCGCCUCUGCCUCCUCUCCGCUGCCCGGUGGCAACUCUCGCCUGCAGGGGACUGCAAGGGCAGCAGAAGGGGGAGGGGAGAGGGAGGAGGUGCUGAGGGAGGCUCACAGGGUCGCUCAGCUGCUGCGGCUGGACUUUGAACGAGGGGGCGUGCAUCUCCCUGAUGACCGCAGGGAGGAGGUGCAGCGAUUGACAGGGGAGAUUACCCACACUUCAAUCGAAUUCAACGCCAACAUCCACUCGGACUCGGCCUCCAUAGAGGUCUUUCCGCGCAGUGCCCUGCACGCCCUGCCUCCCAACGUGCAUGCCAUGCUGCAACCCAUUCAGCGUAGCAAGGCCGGCACCAGCAACAGUGGCAGCGGCAGCAGCAGCAGCAGCAGCAGCGGUUCCUGUACAGGCAGCAGCAGUAGCUCUAGAGUCAUCACCAACAGUGAUCCUUCCCACAGCAGUGCCAGGGAGGGAGCAGAAGGCAGGGAGAGUGCCGGUAACGGGAGCAAUGCUAGCAGUAGUACCACCAGCAGCAGCGGCAGCGGCAGCAGCAGCAGCAGAGGCACCGGUACCAGCAGCGGCGGUGGCAGCUCCAGCAGUAGUGGGGCGGCCAAGGAGUUAGGGUACAAGGUGUUCUCAGACCCGCUGGUCACAUCGUCCGUGCUCAAAUGGGUUGAUGAUGAAGAGGUGCGCCGGCGUGUGUACGUACUAGCCAACGCCUCCCCAGGAUCCAACCUGCACCAGCUAGACCGCCUCAUUGACCUGCGCUCGCAGCUCGCCAAGGAGCUCAGUUUCCCCUCAUACGCGCAUCUCAUCAACGCGCCCCUCAUGGCCAGAACACCCGACACCGUCGACUCCUUUCUGCACAACCUGGGAGCACAGCUCACACCCAAGGUCUUCCAGGAGCUGCAGCAGCUGGGGGCGCUGAAGAGGCAGCACAGGGGGGAGAGGGGUGCGAGCAGAGGAGGGGCCAGCAGCAGCAAUGGUGGGGGAGAUCCGACAGUGUUGCAUGCGUGGGACCGGUCUUUCUUCUCUGGGCUUGCCAAGGCCAGACGCUUCCACCUCGACUCACGAGUGAUCUCGUCCUACUUCCCGCUACACGCCUGUGUGCGCGGCAUGGCAGUGCUGGUCAAGUCGCUCUUCAACGUUCACCUAGAGCCCGUUCCCACAGCGCCUGGGGAGGCCUGGGCGCCUGAUGUGACCAAGUUCUCGCUCACGCACGUGGACCAGGGCCCACUGGGUUUCAUCUACCUGGACCUGCACCCACGGCGCGGCAAGUUCUCCCACGCGGCACACUUCACCAUCCGCUGCGGCCGCAGGAAGCACCUGCCCCUGGACAGCAAGGGACACCUGCUCCCGCUCCCGCCUUCCUCGACGGGUUCCCACAGCGGCAGCGGCAGCAGCAGCAGUGACGACUACCAAUUGCCGGUCGUGGCGCUAGUGUGCAACUUUGCGGCCUCCUCCCGCUCCUCGCCCUGCCUGCUAGCGCACCACGACGUGGAGACGCUCUUCCAUGAGUUCGGCCACGCGCUGCACUCGCUGCUCUCCCGCACCGCGUUCCAGCAUCUAUCGGGAACGAGAGCAGCAUUGGACUUUGUGGAAGUGCCCUCCAACCUGCUAGAGUACUUCGUGUGGGAUCAUCGCUUCCUGGGUCAGUUCGCAGUGCACCACUCCACGGGCGAGCCCAUCCCGCGCUCCCUUGUGGACUCUCUAAGAGCGUCUAAGUCCAUGCUCGCUGCCUCCGACCUGCAGACACAGGUAGUCUACUCCCUCAUGGACCAAGCUUAUUUCGGGGUAAACCCCCCGCGCCCCACAUCCUCGUUACUAACGCCCUCGCUAUCGUCGCAAGCAGCUGCAGCAGCCAUGGCAGCCGGAGCAGCAGCAGGUGGUGGUGCUGGUGGCGGCAGCAGUGGGAGUGGAAGGGACACAACGGCAGUAAUGGCGGAUCUGAUGGGGAGAUAUAUGGGUGUGGCACAUGUUCCUGGCACGUACUGGCAGUCACGCUUUGCACAUCUCACAGCCUAUGGUGCAGGUUACUACACCUACAUUUAUGCCAAGUGUUUUGCAGCGCAGCUAUGGAGGCGCCUUUUCGAAGAAGACCCUCUCAACCCGGAGGCAGGAGAGUUAACAGAUGAGCUUCUUGAAGAUAUGGAAGUGUAG